AAAGAUGGUAGAUGUUCAUACAUCUCUGCUCACGUGUUAGAGGUCACUUGUUCCCCCCCCCCCUUUUUUUUUAUUUGUUUUCGUCUAUAGUUGUGCAGUAUUGCCUCCCCGGACAUCGGUGGUUAAUACGGUUUAAGCUGCAACAACAAUGAAUAUUGGCAUCAAUGCCCACUAUCCCUGAAUCCUUGCUCUACUUUGAACCUCGUCUUCCAGAACCUUAAGAGGCAAGGUUUAGUUCUUGUACUGUGGUGGCCCUAACAAGUUUAUCAAUUACAAGAGGGGAAUAUGGCAGAUGUUGUGAGUGAGGACACCCGCGGGAGAACUUAUGCGGACAUCCAGGGACUUCAGCCUUGGGUGAUAAAGCAGUUGAACCAGUUAAAGAUUCACCAACCAACCCCCAUUCAGUACCACUGCAUUCAGCCUGCACUUGAGGGCAAAGAUGUCAUUGGAGCGGCAAAGACUGGUUCGGGGAAAACUCUUGCUUUUGUUAUUCCCAUACUACAAAGAUUAUCAAUUGACCCUUAUGGCAUUUAUGCGCUUGUUCUGACACCUACACGAGAACUUGCUUUUCAGAUAGCUGACCAGUUCCGGGCUCUUGGAGCUCCGGUAUCACUACGAUUAAGUGUGGUCGUGGGAGGCCUGGAUAUUGUAGUGCAGGGUGCAGAACUGAAUCGGUCUCCACAUGUAGUUGUAUCCACACCUGGGCGGCUGGCAGAUAUAUUGGAAACAUCUCCAGAAUUUACACUCAAACGGAUAAAAUUCUUAGUCUUAGAUGAAGCUGACCGCUUAAUGGAUGGCAGGUUCGACUCUCAGCUACACACUAUCUGGUCGUCACUGCCAGAGAAGAGACAAACACUUCUGUUCUCUGCAACCAUCACGGACAGGCUAGAGAGAAUGAAAGAACUUGCAUCAUCUGAGGUAUUUCUUUGGCAGUCAUCAGGAAAUAAACAGGCAACGGUGCAACAGCUGGACGAGCGCUAUGCUUUAGUCAAUCCCAUUGUGAAAGAUGCCACCAUGAUUGCUAUGGUUCUUCAACAAACUGAACAGAAACCAAGGGGUUUAAUAAUGAUUUUUACUGAUACAUGCAAGAAUACACAGGUACUGAGCAUGUUGCUGAACUCCUUAAGUAUAGAGUGUGUGGCUCUUCACUCCAUGCUCUCCCAGAAAGAGAGACUGUCUGCCUUAGCACGAUUCAAGUCAUCACAAGUGAAGGUUCUCAUUGCCACUGAUGUUGCAAGUAGAGGGCUGGAUAUUCCUUUGGUGGAGCUGGUAAUCAAUCAUGCCAUUCCUAACCUUCCCAAGAACUACAUCCAUCGAGUUGGUCGAACAGCUCGAGCAGGCAGGGCUGGUCAGGCUCUUUCCUUCAUCACUCCACAUGAAAUCAAGAUUUUGCUAGCUAUUGAGUCAGAGACACGAAGGAAAAUGACUGAGUUGAAAGUGGAUGAAGCUAUGGUGCGCAAGAUCAUGAAGCAAGUUAAUGUAUCUCGACGAGAACAAGAAAUCAGGCUUGAACAAACUGACUUUGAUGAGCGUCGGAACAUUAACAAGCGUAAACGGCUCAUCUUAGAGGGCAGAGAUCCUGAUGAGGAAGAGAAGAAGAAACGAAAGCAUUUGAAAAAACUCAGAAAAGCAGAGAGGCAAGAAAGGAACGAGUUGCUCAAACACUUGGAGAAGAAAACAAAGUGGGAAAAGCAAGACGAUGGAGACUCAUAACUGAUGAGGUUAAAAGACGGUAAAAGAAUAUAAGAAAAAGGUACUUCUGGUCUGAAACCAACCAAAAUCAUCUCCAUUUCACUAUCUUCUGGUCUAUCCAUUGGCACCAAGAAAGUUAAUAAAACCAUGAAAACCACCCUAGAAAAUGCCUCAAAGUUGUUGUUUUAACCCAAAGUCAGA